AUGGUUCUCCACAACCCUAACAACUGGCAUUGGGUCAGCAAGAAUGCCGGAGAGUGGGCUAAACAGUGGCUCGACAAGAACCUCACCACGAUCUCGGCUGAAGAUGGAGAAGUUAAUGCGAAGAUCGCCAAAGUUGCCAGCAUGGACGGCGACGUUGAUGUCAGCCAAAGAAAGGGAAAGGUCAUCACUAUCUUCGAUGUCAAGCUCGUGCUAGAGUACUCUGGAAGUGCUCCCGGCGCAAAGGAUGUUUCGGGUACCAUCACGGUUCCCGAGGUAGCGCAUGACACUGAGGAAGGCGAGUUCGUCUUUGAAAUCGACAUCCACUCGGAAUCAAAGGAGAAGCAGCCUGUGAAAGAUCUUGUCAGAGCCAAGAUCGUUCCGCAGUUGCGAAGCGAGUUCUUGAAACUGAUGCCAGCUUUGGUCGCUGAGCACGGAAAAGACAUCCAGCACGCUGCCGGCGAGAAUCCCUCCAGCGGUUGGCGUGCACCCAAAUACCAUGAACCCAAUGGUAAUGCUGCCGCGAAGGCGAAGGCCGAGUCUUCCAGCAGCCAGAAGAAUGGCAGCAGCGUUGUCAAUACAACGACAGUCACAGACCAGGAAGAGUUUCGAACUACCGCCAGUGAGCUCUACCAAACCUUCACCGAUCCUCAACGACUGGCCGCGUUUACACGUGCUCCCCCGAAGAGAUUCGACGGUGCGAAGAAGGGAGGCGUGUUUGAGCUGUUCGAUGGCAACGUUGCUGGUGAAUAUCAGGAGCUCCAAGAGCCUAAGAAGAUCGUCCAGUCGUGGCGCCUGAAGCAGUGGCCUGCUGGUCACUACUCCAAGCAGGUGAUCAACUUCGAUCAGAACGACGUUGACGGUGUCACGGUUAUGCGGGUGGAAUGGAGUGGUGUUCCUGUUGGCCAGGAGGAGGUCACCAAGAGAAACUGGGAACAGUACUACGUACGAAGCAUCAAGCAAACAUUUGGGUAA